AUGGCGUUAUCAACUGCUAAGUUAUCAGAAAUGCCAUUGCAGCUUCCACCCCAAUUCUUAUCCUCAUACUCUGCGGCUCCUCGUAAACACUCUGUAUCUAUAUUCUUCCUUAGACCCUUCUGUUCUUCUUCUUCUUCUUCGUCAUCUUCUCUCCGGCCGAACGGAACUCCGACAAAGCCUUUACCUAACAGGGAUUUUGCAAAGUCCAACGCCAGCAAGUAUUCAUCUUCUUGGCUUAACAAAUGGCCGUCCCAAAGUCCACUUCCUCCUGUCCAUUACAAGAACCCCAGAACCGUCCAACCCGAAUUGCAAAGCUCCCGGGUUGAUAAAGAUGACUCGGACCCGCCCCGGACUUCCGCAAUUGAGCGGAUUGUGCUGCGGUUGAGGAACCUCGGGUUGGGCAGUGAUGAUGAGGACGACGAUGAAAUUGCGGAACCCGGAUUGGAUUUGGGUGGUGGUGGCGGGAACGACGUCGUAGGGUGGGCGGAUGGGGAAGAGAAAUUGGGGGAUUUGCUGAAGAGGGAUUGGGUUAGGCCUGAUACGUUGUUGGUUGAGGAUGAGGAAGACCCGGAUUCUAUAUUGUUGCCGUGGGAGAGGGAGGCUGAAGGUGGUGGCGGCGGGCGGGCGGCAGCUCAGGCGGAGGAGGAGAGUCGGAGCAAGAGAAAGACGCCGAAAGCUCCUACUUUAGCAGAACUAACUAUCGAAGAUGAGGAACUGAGGAGAUUGAGGAGAAUGGGGAUGACUUUGAGAGAGAGGAUCAAUGUGGCUAAGGCAGGUGUGACAGGGGAGGUGUUGGAGAAGAUUCAUGAGAAAUGGAGGAAGAAUGAGCUGGUUAGAUUGAAGUUUCAUGAAUCUUUGGCCAAUGAUAUGAGAACUGCUCAUCAGAUUGUUGAGAGGCGUACAGGGGGUUUAGUUAUUUGGAGGUCUGGAAGUGUGAUGGUGGUUUACAGAGGGGCUAAUUAUGAAGGUCCCUUCUCGCGAGCUCAAUCAGUGGGUGGAGAAGGAGAAACACUUUUUAUCCCAGAUGUUUCCUCUUCUGGCAAUCCAUUGACAAAAAAUGGUGGCAAUGUGCAUCCUACAGAGAAACCCAAACUACCUGUACCUGUACCUCUUAGUGUUGAAAACAUGACGGAAGAGGAACUUGAAUACAACAGUCUGCUAGACGGAUUAGGUCCACGGUUUGAAGAUUGGUGGGGAACAGGAAUACUUCCGGUUGAUGCAGAUUUACUUCCUCAGACAGUUCCUGGUUAUAAAACACCUUUCAGACUUCUUCCUGUAGGAAUGAGGUCAAGAUUAACCAAUGCAGAACUGACUAGCUUACGGAAACUUGCUAAAUCACUUCCUUGCCAUUUCGCUCUUGGAAGAAAUAGACACCAUCAAGGUCUGGCAGCUGCUAUAGUCAAGCUCUGGGAGAAGAGUUUAGUUGUGAAAAUUGCUGUGAAACGUGGAAUUCAAAAUACAAACAACAAACUCAUGUCUGAGGAGUUGAAGAUGUUGACUGGGGGAGUUUUGCUUCUUAGGAACAAAUAUUUCAUUAUAAUGUACAGGGGAAAAGAUUUCCUUCCCCCUAGUGUAGCUGCUGCUUUAACAGAAAGACAGGAAAUGACAAAGCAAUCCCAAGAUAUUGAGGAGGAGGUUCGAAUUAAACCAAUCAAUGCAGCACCAGAGGGGGAGGAUGGAAAGGUACUUGCGGGUACUUUGGCUGAGUUUUAUGAGGCUCAGGCCAGGUGGGGAAGAGAAAUAUCUGAAGAAGACCGUGAAAGGAUGAUACAAGAAGCAGCCAGAGAAAAGACAGCAAGGGUGGUGAAGAGACUAGAGCAUAAAUUAUCCCUUGCCCAAGCCAAGAAGCAGAAAGCAGAGAAAUUAUUGGCUAAAAUAGUGUCAACCUGGAUACCAGCUGAUCCAGAUAAUGACCAGGAAAUGAUUACAGAUGAAGAGAAGGCUAUGUUCCGGAAAGUUGGAUUAAGAAUGAAGCCUUACUUGCCCCUCGGUAUUAGGGGUGUUUUUGAUGGUGUGAUUGAGAAUAUGCAUCUGCACUGGAAGCAUAGAGAACUUGUCAAAUUGUUAUCAAAAGAAAAGGUUCUUGCCUUUGUUGAAGAAACUGCAAAACUAUUAGAAUAUGAAAGUGGUGGCUUACUCGUGGCGAUAGAAAAAGUCCCCAAAGGUUAUGUUCUCAUCUUUUAUCGCGGAAAGAAUUAUCGAAGACCUGUCAGCCUGAGGCCUCGCAAUCUGCUCACAAAGGCAAAAGCAUUGAAGCGAAGGGUCGCCUUGCAACGCUACGAGGCCCUUAGUCAGCACAUUGAGGAACUGGAGAGAAAUAUAGAGCAGAUUCAAGGGCAAAUUGGUGAUUCCAGAGACGGGGUAAACCUUGAAACCGCAAACAGUGGGGACUUUGACCUGUCCGAUGAUCUGUCUGAAUUCACUGAUAGUGAAGAUGAGGCUUCACUGGUUUCUGAAGACGGUGAAGAUGAAGAUCUUGAUUGGGAAGAUGAUUCUGAUUCUGACAUUGCAAUGGAGGACUAUGAUUAUACUUUCGCUAAGGGAUGA